AUGCGUUGCCUCUUUGUUCUCGUUGCUCUGAUUCUUGCUGUCAACGGAUUCUCUGAUGCUUUCUUCCAACCUCACGUCAACAAGCAUCAUGUUUAUCGUACUUGCGGAGAAUCUCUCAACCGUCGUGUUUCCUUUUUGUGCAACGGUGGAAUAAUCCAAGCUGACAUAUUGAACACCCUUGAUUGCUGUUCGAUGGGGUGCACCGAUAGACAACUCUACUCGUGGUGUGAAUACCAUAUCUAA